GGAAAGAUGGGGGACAACUAGGGGUUGGUAAAGGCGUUGGAGAAGCUAGCUGAGCUCAUCACUGUCAAGGCAGAGGGUGUGGCUUCCCCAGGUGCGCUUGUUCCUCAGCCUGAGGUGAUACAGAAAAUAGAACUGAUGCCAAAUGAAAUCAAGAUGGAAGGGGUCACAAACUACCUAAGCUGGUCCAGAAGGGCAUUGCUAAUAUUGAGGACAAAGGGGCUGGAAGGCUAUGUCAGAGGGGAAGUAGAUGAACCGGCGAACAGGGCAAGUGAAGAGUGGAAGAAGUGGAGUGUCAUUGACUCUCUGGUGGUGGCAUGGCUGCUGAACUCCUUGACCCCAUCCAUUGCAGCAGCCGUGGAGACUCUUCCCCAUGCAGCAGAGGUAUGGAAAACCCUGGAAACAUUGUACUCCGGGAAAGGGAACAUAAUGCUUAUGGCGCAGAUUGAGGAUAGAGUAAAUGAGCUAAAACAAGGGGAUAAGUCGGUGAUGGAGUAUGUAGCAGAAUUGCAGCAUUUGUGGGCUGACUUAGACCACUAUGAUCCACUGGAGUUACCACAUUCAGAAUGUAUAGUUGCUACUAAGAAGUGGGUAGAGCGUAGGAGAGUGAUGAAAUUCUUGAAGGGACUUAGCUCAGAAUUUGAAGGAAGGCGUGCUGGGUUGUUUCAUCAGCCAAAGCUCCCCUCGCUUGAGGAGGCAGUUGCAGCAAUGGCACAGGAGGAGGUCAGGUUGAAGUUGACCAGGACUGGAGAAGCGAAUGCAUCUCGCUCAGCAUUUACUGUGUCUGAAUGGAAGGAGACAAGAGAGUGCUUCAACUGUGGAGAGAAAGGUCACAUAAGCAUCAAUUGCACAGCACAACGCAGAGAAAUACGUGGUAGGGGAAGAGGUUACAGCCGAGGUGGAUACCGGGGAGUUAGAGGCAGAGGUAACUCGAGGGGUUCGAAUUAUUCCAGUGGCUUCAAAGCAAACUUGGCUAACUUGGCAACGCAAGAAGAAGGGACGUCAACAACCUCUCAAGGGGAGUCGAAGAGUAGAAGCCAGGAGGACAACACCUUCGGGAACUUUGCCCACUUUGUCUACACAGGGGAAGGAGAGGAUGACUGGAAGGAAACUUGGGACAGGAACCAGGCGUAGUGGAUUGUGGUAUAUGGAUCGUGAUGUGUCUAGGUCUAGUGCUAGUCCUAUUUUGGCUGUACUAGUUGGAGUAAGUGAGACAAUGGCGAUGAUCCAUCACUGUCGCAUGGGGCAUAUGGCUUUUGAUAAGAUGAGUAAGAUGUUUCCUGAUGUAAUGCGUGGAGUAGACAAGAGUAAGCUUGUGUGUGAUGCAUGUGAAUAUGCAAAGCACACAAGAAUCUCAUAUUUGAGUAAGGGGCUAAGGAGUAUAUCCCCGUUUAUGCUGAUUCACUCUGAUGUGUGGACAUGUCCUGUUGUUUCUGUUAGUGGAAUGAAAUAUUUUGUGACA